UCUAACCGUAACUGUUAUGGAUUGUUUACAAAACUUUGGAUGUCUGCUGUAAUUGCAUGUUUUUCAGAUUAUAAAAUUGCUUUUUGUAUAAAGUUUUCUAGAGUAAGAAAAUGACAGAUUACAAGGAAGAACAAAGAAAUGAAAUCGAAGCUUUGGAAUCGAUUUAUCCAAGUGAAAUGAAAGUUUUGACGGUUGAUCCAGAAUUCUCUUUUACUGUUGAUAUCCGUACGGAACCCUUGAGAAACUCUUCUGAUGAAGAAUAUAUGUUUGUUGCCCUGAAGUUUGAGUAUGUUCCCAAUUACCCUGAUGAAGCCCCACUUAUGGAAGUUGAAGAAUCAGAAAAUAUGUCAGAUGACGACAUUACAGAUUUAUUAGCUUUUCUUCAAAACCGAGUGGAAGAUAAUUUGGGUAUGGUUAUGGUAUUCACACUUGUGUCUGAAGCAUCCGAGUGGUUAAACACAAGACUGGUAGAUUCUAUAACGCAAAGAAAAGACGCAGAAGAACAAAGAAUAAGAAGAUUAGAAGAAGAAGAGAGGCAAAGGUUUGAAGGUGUGAGAGUAACUGUAGAAUCUUUUAUGAAUUGGAAAUUUAAAUUCGAUCAGGAGAUGGCUGAAUUGAAAAAGUUACAAAAAGAAGAGAUUGUUUCUAAAAAGUUAACUGGACGUGAAUUAUUUGAAAAGGAUCAAACACUUGUAGAUUCUGACUUACAAUUCCUGCAAGAGGGAGACGAAGAGGUUAAAGUAGAUGAAUCCCUGUUUCAAGAAUUAGAUGAUUUAGAACUUGAAGAUGAAGAUCUUUCCAGCUGAUGAUUACUCAAGAUUUAGAAUACUUAUUGAAAAAAUUUUCAUUGGAAUUUAUUUUGUUUUUAUUGUGUAUAAAAUUUCCAAACUGUACUUUCAAAAAUAAUUAGCAUUUAAAUUAUUAAUGCUAUCAGUAGUUUUCUUUCAAAAAACAAAUUAAUGAAUAAAAAAUUGUAAAA